CGAUUCUUCUUUCCAGAGGGAGGGGAGGAGCCUGAUCCGCCCACGAAACCGAGCGAGCAGGUGGGGGGUCCGCCUAGUCAGUAACCUCCUGGACUCGAGAGUGAGUAUGUCGGACCCUGCGGUCUGCAGCUUCAUCACCAAGGUCUUGUGCUCUAACGGGGGCCGGCUGGAGUGCAGCAAGAUCCCCCAGCACGUGGGGCUCUCUGAGCAGCAGCUGGAGCAGAUCCUGCAGGAUGUGGGGCACGAGAGGUUUCUGGUGCACCAGGAGGGGGGCGCCCGCUGGGUGCUCGCUGUGUCCCCGCUGCGGCUCUGCGUCCGCAAGGAGUGUGCGGGCUGCGAGCGCCUCCACUUGUGCAAACUCAACCUCAUGGGCAAGUGCAACUUUGGAGUCCGGACAUGUAAGUACUCCCAUGACAUUUUCACGGAUGGGAACCGAAAAGUGCUGAAGACCCAUGAAGUCAGUGGCCUCAACGAGAAUGAGUUGCGAGUCCUGCUCCUCCAGAAUGACCCUUUCCUCCUGCCUGAUGUAUGCCAAUUCUAUAACAAAGGUAGAGGACCGCAUGGGACUUGCAGCCAGCAAGACAAUUGCAACAAACUUCAUGUUUGCCGACAUUUCCUCCGAGGAGAGUGUAGGUUUUCCAAGUGCAACAGAUCCCACAGGAUUCUGGACACCAAUGUGCUGAAGUUGCUGCUAGCAGAAGGAUUAAAUAUUUGCGUCGCAAAGAACAUCCAGGUCAUCUGUGAUCACAAGCAUACUGAGUUCAGCAAGGAGGUGGGCCAGAGGAGAAUGCUUCCCCCACAUGACAGAGCUACACCAAUUGGAGAUAAAAAGAAAGCAAAUGCUGUGAAUCAAGAAGAAAUUGGACCUAAGCCCACUUCCAUCUCACCAGCCUCAUGUGAUAUAGAGUCUCCCUCACAAGGUGUCAAAGCUGUUCCUUCUAUCAAUGCUUCUGGGACCAAUGAAAUUAAAAAAUGUGAUGAGAUAUGCCUGUACUAUAUCUGGAGGUUCUGCAAACAUAAAGAUGACUGCAGGAUGAUUCAUUAUCAUCUGCCUUAUCGAUGGCAGAAGUUUGAUGGAGUCAAUUGGCUUGAUCUUCCCAGAAUGGAGGUAGUCGAAAAGGCCUAUUGUGACCCCCAAAACGACAGCUUAGCAGAUCAGAACAUCAAUUUCAGGUCAAUUACCUCUUCUUCUGCUUUGCUUCGACGCCUCUCCACACCAUCAUCGGUUACAAAACACCCCAAAUUCAUAAUGACAACAAAAUGGAUUUGGUAUUGGAAAAAUGAUCUAGGCCAGUGGAUUGAAUAUGGGAAACAGGACUUCAACCUCAGAGAGCACUCGGGAUGGAUGGUGAUCAAUGAAGGGGACGGAUUGCAGGGAGCUUCUGCGCUAGCUUCUGAUGAUUUGGAGAAUUUAUUUCUGGCGAAUCCAAAUGACAUCCUACAAUUUCAGGCUGGUUCCCAACAUUACGAGAUCAAUUUUAAAGAAAUGGUCCAGAAAAAUGUCCGUUAUCAAACUCAAAGAGAAGUCCGCAGGCGACCAAAGUUCGUGUCCUUAGAAGAUGUGAAAAAGAUGAAAAAAGGCCAAAGAGUGACUGAUACUCCAGAUCAAAACUAUCCUAGAAAGUGGGACAGAUCAGCACUGCCUGACAUGGGAUACAAGGCAGUGGAGAUCACUAAUCCAUCCUCUGAAUACACUGAAAUCGAGACCCUAUUUAAAAGGACAAUGAGCAAUUAUGCUAUCCAGAGAAUGAGGAGGAUUCAGAACCCAUCCCUUUGGCAAGUCUUUCAGUGGCAAAAAGAGCAGAUGAAGAAGAAAAAUGGAGGGAAAGAUGUAGAUGAGAGGCUCUUGUUCCAUGGAACCAAGAGUUCCCAUUUGGAAGCCAUCUGCAAUCACAAUUUUGACUGGAGAAUCUGUGGGGUCCAUGGAACAAACUAUGGAAAAGGAAGUUACUUCGCCAGAGAUGCUAAGUAUGCCCACAGUUAUAGUCAAUCUGCUGCAAAAGGCAACACAAUGUUUGUGGCUCGAGUUCUAGUUGGAGACUUCAUUAGAGGAGACGCAACCUACGUUCGUCCCCCACAAAGAGCUACUGAUAUGCUCACCUUUUACGACAGCUGUGUGGACAAUGUGCUGGUUCCCUCCAUUUUUGUCAUCUUUGAGAAGCAUCAGAUUUAUCCAGAGUAUAUAAUAGACUAUAGUGAAGAAAAAAAAUGUUUUGUAUCUUAAAUAAGGGAGAGAGCAGUUUGUAUUUCUCACUGCAGCAUUCAGAUUUUUACAUGUUUUUAAGGGUUUCUUAUCCUGGAUUAGAUUGUCUAAUACUCAUCUCUCAUUUUUAAUAGAGCACCUUUCCAACUGCUACAUCCAAAGAAUUUGCUCCUUGAAGGAGGUUGGCAAAGGGAACAUCCUGCACACUAGGCGAUUACUCUUUUUCAUCAAACUGUUAACUUUAACUUGUUCAUAAUAUGUAAACCUUAGGGUAGCCCCACACAGGAGGGGUCAGAAUUGGGGAUGUGGGAGUGGAAUUUUAUGAUUCUUCUUUGUGCAGCAACAAUAAACUUUGGAAAUACUAACUAGACAGGAUUUCUCUUGAGAAAUACGUUCAACUGAGAGAAAAAUUGUCUACUCUAGUUUAAUAUAGUUGACAACUUGAUUGUAUGCUUACGGCUUUUAGAUUUUGUCGUGCUCUGAAUGAUGAGUCAUUCAACUCUGAUGCCUUUACUGAGGUGGCUCUUUCCCUUGCCUACCCUAUCAUUUCCAAGGAACCUGUGAAUUAGUUCACUGUGGAUUUGACAGGGUGGUGUUCUUGGAGUACUGUAUGUCGAUGUCAAUAUUUUAGAUUAAAAUCAGUAACUAGACAAAGAAAAAGUCUGUUCUUUUAAUUUGGUGUAAUGAAUAAGGUCUCAAAAGGAAGAGUUCCUCCUGGUGCACAAGCAAUGUUAACCUAAUGGUCAGAGCAGAAUACUGUCAGCCAUGGUUCUGUUUCCAACUGUAUAGCAGAUUUGCUGUGCAACUUGGAUCUGUAGGUAGGAAAGCUGGAGGUAGACCAUAACAAUUGACUGUCUGGGAAAAGGCAUGUCCCAGAAUUUGUUGUUUCAGUUGCUAAUGAUUACAUGCAUAAAUUUAAAGGCUUGGCUGAGAUUCGCUUGAAACCUUGCCUUUAGUGUAUUACGUUUUCCACAUGUGGAUAGUUGUCCAGCAAAUGCUGUAGGACAGAAGUAAUGUCUUGGAGUGCUUUGAUGUUUUUCUGUCAUGCAGGAUGGACAGUAAUUUUCGUUGUGCCAGGGACAUCACAUGACUUGUGUAGAGUGAACAUCUUUAAAGGUGUUCUUCAUCACUCUGGUGCAGUAGAACGUGCUCACGUGACAAGAACUUGUUAGUUCCUCAUUAACUAUGUAAUCUUCAUUUUCUAUGGCCAGUUGUAUGCUAGGAAAAUUACCCACUGCUGACAAUGAUGAGCCAAGCAUAGUCGUAACAGUGUUCUAACUAUUGUUUCUGAAGUGGUUCGGGUCUUACCAGAUUGUUCUGGUCUACAUUUUCAUAUAAAUCAUGUUUAGCAUUACGCCAUGUCAAUAAUGGGUAACUUUCCUAAUAGUGACCAAGCAUGUUUUAAUAACAUCUGCAGUCUGUUGAGCUCUCAUUCAAGGGGUUUUUUGGUAAUGAAGAUCACAUUUCCAUCAUCCCCUACUAACUUUCUAAGAGCUCACCUUUUGGGCUGAAAUGCCUCUGUUCAAAGGUGACUCAUUUUGGCAAGAGUGAGCAAACUCCCUUGGCUGGUGGGAGGGGAAAACUGCUACAGCAAGAACUACUGAAGUUUAUAAUGUGGCAUGUUUAAAGACUAUUGCAUUUUGCUAGGCUUGGGGUGCGAGGGGGAACUGGUUUUGAAUUUAGCCAAGCUGUAACCACAUCCUGGGCAUGGGAGUUAGACAAACUGCAGGCUGGAGAUGCUCACAUGAGCUGCUGGGAAUUGACAAGCUCCCACUGAGGAAGAAGGGUGUAUGUAAGACUAGGAAAUGAAAAUGCAGUAAAUGACUCAAGCCCUUAUACAAUCAAAGAAUGUUUUCAACUUUUUUUUAAAAAAAAAUCAAAAAUACAGAAUCUAGUUAUCCAUGGUGGUGGAGGACCUGUUGGAGGCAUUCCAAGAUGUGUAUUGAGCGCUUUGGCACCUCAGCUGAAGGGUGAAGAGGUGGAGGUUGAUUCUGAAACACUAAUUUCUCCCAAAUGUUCACUAGGCUUUGGAGUUUAGUAUUUUUAGACACCUAUUUGAUAAGAGUAUAAAAAUCAGUUCUAUUACUCAGCUUUUGUCUCUAGUAAUUAAUGAAUGUCACUAGACCUUUAGUUGCCACAGAAUCAGCCAUGAUACACAAGACCUUCAUUUAUAAUGCAAAAAACAAAGCUGGAGAAACAUCUGACAUAUCUUUCAGGUCCCCUUUACACAUAAGAAAGGUGGGGUGGGGAGAGACAAAUUUACAUUUUCUCCUGUGUUGCUCAUCAUUAAAGUUCCAAAAGAAAUGUUAACUCCGCCACAUUUCACAUGGUGUAUAUUUCUAUUUGUCUGUUGUUAAAUGUGUAAUGUAAUAUGUUGUAAUGUAAGCUUAUGCCAUAAUCAAACCGAUUGAGCAAUAUAGCCAGUUAAUACUGCUAUUCCAGGCUUUUUACUUUUGUGUUUCUGGACUUUGAUUUGACCUGGGCAACUGUAGUGAGACCUCAGAUAAGUCUACAUAUACAGCUAAGUAUGUAGGGCUGCAUCAAACAGAACAGUUUGUGAAGUUGUGUGUAACUGAGCUUUGCAAUCACAAAAUGUCUUUUAAUAAAUUGAAUAUCAAAUUA